AUGAGCGCGGGCGACGCCGUGUGCACGGGCUGGCUCGUCAAGUCGCCCCCCGAGAGGAAGCUGCAGCGCUACGCCUGGCGCCGGCGCUGGUUCGUGCUGCGGCGGGGCCGCCUGAGCGGCGACCGCGACGUCCUGGAGUAUUACCGCAGCCAGCGCGCCCGCAAGCCCAUCCGCGCCAUCGACCUCAGCGAGUGCGCCGUGUGGAAGCACGCGGGCCCGGGCUUCGUUCGCAAGGAGUUCCAGAACCACUUCGUGUUCAUUGUCAAGACGGCUUCUCGCACGUUCUAUCUGGUGGCCAAGACCGAGGAAGAAAUGCAGGUGUGGGUGCACAGCAUCAGUCAGGUGUGCAACCUCGGCCGCCUGGACGACAGCGCGGAUUACGUGGAGAGCAGCUCUCACGCCCCCUCCUCCGUGCAGCCCUCCUCCGCCAGCUCCCUUCACAUAGUCCCUGCUGUCAGCUCCCUGCCAAGAGAUGACCCGAGCUCUAGUACUGUAGCCACUGAGGAAACCGGAAGUGAGUCAGAGUUUCUCUUCCUUCCUGAUUAUCUGAUUCUAUCCAACUGCGAGACGGGAAGACUGCACCAUGCCAGUCUCCCCACCAGAUGUGAUAGCUGGUCAAACUCAGAGCGCUCAUUGGAACAGGCUUCCUUCGAUGACGUUUUUCUGGACUGCCCGCAGCCACCGCCCUCUGGGAACCUGGCCUGUGCCUCACGCCCUGGGAACGGUCCUCAAGAGGCCCCUUCCGUGAGGCCCCAGGCUGCCGUGAUCUGGACCAGAGAUGUCAAUGGCCCGUCCAGGGACCACUUUUCUUUGCUGGAAACUUCCUUAAAUUCCACCAUCCAAGUAGAUCAAAAUCAAGCUUCCUUGCCCUAUGGAGUAAAAGAACUAGACAUUAUGUCCAGCAUACCACCUCCCCGCCCCCCUAAGCCGAGCCAUCUCUCUGAACGGCGCCUCGACGAGCAGCUCCUGUGUGGUGGGUCCAGCAGCAUCAAGAAGCCAGAAGGCACUGUGGUACCAAGAAGAAUCUCUCUCUCUGGUUUAGAUAACAUGAGAACCUGGAAAGGUGAUGUAGAAGGCCAAUCUUUAAGACACCGAGAUAAACGGCUAAGUUUAAAUCUGCCCUGCAGGUUCUUCCCGAUGUCCCCACCGGGUUCCACCAGUGCUGAAGACAGCUACGUGCCCAUGAGCCCCCAGGCUGCUGCCUCUGCUCUUGGACCCCACUGCAGCAUGGAUGACUACAUCCCAAUGAGCUCAGGAAGCAUCUCCAGCCCAUUGCCCGAGCUGCCCGCAGACCUGGAGCCUCCCCCUGUGAACAGAGAUCUCAAGCCUCAGAGGAAACCGUGGUCACCUCCCCUGGACCUGCAAAGCCUCUGCACCAUCCGGGAGCACACGUCUCUGACCAGGACCCGCACUGUGCCUUGCAAUCGAACCAGCUUUCUGUCUCCAGAAAGAAAUGGUAUUAAUUCUGCAAGAUUUUUUGGCAAUUCUGUUUCCAGAGAAGAGGAAGAAAGCUACAUCCAAAUGGAGGAGCACAGAGCAGCCCCCUCGCUGAGCAGUGGGGCUCUGACAUGGAGGAGGAAAUUCAGCCUGGAUUAUCUAGCCCUGGACUUCAACUCAGCGUCACCAGCGCCUGUACAGCAGAAACUUCUCUUUUCAGAGGAGCAAAGAGUAGACUAUGUCCAGGUGGAUGAGCAGAAGACGCAAGCUCUGCAGAGCACGAGGCAGGAGUGGACGGACGAGAGGCAAUCCAAAGUGUGAGGGCCGGGCUGCGCGCCUGGCCAGACGCUCUGGGAGAGAGGACCCAUUUGUACACGCUGACCGGGGAGGAGAAGGAUGCGGUCCCCUCCCGGAGGGGGCUGUGAGGGAGGCCGGCCCCGGUCCCCAGCCCCACCCGGCCCAGAGUCGCCUUCUCUGGCCCGGGUGCCCCUGCCGAGCCCGGCGCCGGUGUGCAGCAGGCUGCACCGUGGCGAGCGGCAGAGACGCAGGGGUCCACGGCCACGGGCUGGGACGGAGAAAACUCCGCUCGGGCAGCGUAGGAACAGUCCAGACAGAAGUGGGGUUAAACAUCUUCUCCAGUGGAGCACUUGAAGUCCAGAUUGGAGCCAGUGUUGCUGCGAGUCUUGCUGAUGACAUUGUUUGACCCCAGCACCUGAAGUUCCCAUCUCUUUCCUGUGCUUCCAUUACCCUGGGAGAGACGCACCUGGACACCAUCUUGUCCCCACCCCUGAAGACACAGUGUGAGACACCAAGCCUAGUGAUGGUGGCAGAAUCUGCACUCCUUACUGCAGACAGUCCAGCAGACAAAUAUUUCUAUCCCCCAAAGAAAGACAACGCAAGUGACAGGGCGUUGAGUCCCCGGCUCCGUGAUGAGCCUAUCACAUGACACUGGUGGCUCCAAGGACAUCGUGCCAAGCAGCCACGGCUGGCCGCUGGCCCACUGCUGGCAGCCUCUUCCCAGCUUUCACGUAUGCCAUCCCAUCUCUUCCCCUGAAAGACCUCGGAAGCUACGCUGGGCAGAGAUCGUUGCUCCCACUUUGAGGAAAACAAUACUAAGAACCAGGGGAGGUUCAGAGUGUUCCCUUGGCCCAAGACGACUCAUGGAGCGAGCCAGCGAGUCAGGCUCCUUCCGCGGUCUCACACUGCCUCCAUCAGUUAGGGUAACUUCGGGGAUGGGUGGGAAACACGUGCAGACACGAGAUGAGUCAUCAUCUCCUCUCCAUUUCAUAGGAUUUUGAACAGGUGCUUUUAUACUUGAAAGGUAUGCCUGUCAAGCCAGGGUUUCUUUGUGUGGUGUCCAAACAGGGCACUGUAACAUAAUCAGCAGUUAUCAUUAGAGAUAACUACCGACAAUCAGUGUGAAAUCCAUCCUUGGUUCGUGUGGGCCCCUUGCAAUCUGUGUCCCGUGAGCUGGCUAAUGCUGGCGGUCCUGUGCUGGAUCCAAGCUUGUGAACGGUAGUUAUCAUCCAGAAAAAAAAAAAAAAAAAAAACAGUGAGUUCCAGCCUCAGGUUUCCUGGCUAACUUUUCCCUUCUGCUUUAGUGGUGACGAGGUCCUGAGAGUGCAAACAUUCCCACCGUGCAAUGAAGGCAUCUUGUCACCCCUUCCUUUAUGGGGCCCUGGGGUUCAGGGAACCCAGACAAAAGGCUCAAUUAGGCAUGGAGUUUUAUUUAGUGCCCCUUCCUGAUCCUUCCAAGCAUCUGCAUCAGGAAGACAAAUCUGAACAACUGGGUAGUGAGCAGAUCCUGGCCUGCUGUUCUGCCACUGUGUCUUAUAUACGAGGGUAGAUCAAAUACGCAGGCAGGUCUCUGACAGCGGGGUCAGUCAGGGCAACUGUAGGCUGUGCUGCAGGGUUGCAGGGUUUCGAACUGCUCCAAAGGUAAGUGCCAAAAUCUUGGCUUUUCAGACCAUAAAAGAAGUAAUUUUGAUGUUCAAAGCAGCAGAAUCUGGUGACGUCAUUUUCUUCCCACAUCAAGAUGGGGGAAGAUUGCCAAGUGCUUUAACUAAGUUGAGUCCUUAGUGAGUGUGGAUGAAGCCACCAGGGGGCUCCCUGCACCCCUAAGCCUACUCCACGGCCAGAGCCUGGAAGGAGCUGCCUUCUUCCUUAUGUGACUUGCAAACAGUCACAGAGCCUCAGGCAAGAAUCCAGGGCUACAGACUGCCAGUUCCCAUGGACAGUGGCUUCCUCAUGCGUGGGCCACCUGUGUUUAGAUCAUUGAUUGCCCGACAAAGGCCAGUGCAGAAAAAUUGUAAGUCCAAGUGUCAAGAACCUCACCAGAUUGAAGAUAGACUGGAAAAGUAAAUGCAGCUGAAAUUAUGUGAGCAGUGAAAUGUCAUCCAAUUGACCAAAAGAAAAUCUGUAUCUACAAAACAUUUCCAGGGACAUAUUUACUGCACGAAGCAAUAGACACUUGAGGGGUGUGCCUUGUUUGGAAGCAAUUACAGAUGUAAAAAAUAUGACUUCACCCUCAUUUCCAGGGUGUAUGGGAUUAUGUCUUCCUUUGAUAAAACUGCUAAUGGUUGGCUACACAUAAGCAUAACAAUUGAGGGACACAAAAUACAGGAGCUCCUGAGAAAGGCACCGUAGAUCACAACGAUGCCGACCAAAUCUUGUUUUCCGGCAGAGAGGAUCCGUGUGUGAUAGAAGUCUUUGAUCCUGACGGGG